AUCCCGUCUCUCCGCGGUGUUGAUAGGCUGUUUUUCCGUUGAUGCUCCGUCAAUGUGAAAGCCAGUAGGGGAGGAGGAGAGGAAGAGAGGUCAACGCGACUAGCAAUGCAGAUUGCUCACCAAACAGAAGCACAGAGUCAAUAAAGUUGAUCAUAACCACCAGUCUGACUUUGAUACUGGUGCAGCAACCGUGAAAUAACGAGAUGAGCUCAACUUCUUCACCGACGAUCGGGGAGUUCUUCCUCAUCCUCAGAGAAAUGGGUUUCACAGAACAACAGAUCCAGGCAGCUGUGCAGGCGGGACACCUUUCUGUGACAGAAGCAGCUGAAUGGCUCCUACAGGGUCAAUAUCCACGGCAUACAUUGGUUAAGCAGACAUCCAAGUCGUCUGAGACCGCACUUUCUGCUUUUAACCCACCCAAAGAUGCAGCGAGCAGCUCCACGCUACCUGCAUCUCCUAGUGACAGCAGGGCAGGUUCGUCUCUGGUCCUGAAGCUGUCCGAAUCGACCUCCCAGCCUCCCGAUCCUCCUCCAGUUGAGUCGCGGAUCAAACAAGACAAGAGCGACUUCGAGGAGAAAGAAAGACAACGUGUGGCUCAGAAAGUCCUGGCUGAGAAGAGGCAAAAAAAGGAGGAGCGAGAGAUGGUGUUAAAGCGGAUAGCUGAGGAUCGGAAAACCUUGCAGGAGAAAAGCCACGGCGGCUCUGCUGCAGACACGGCUCCUCCCAGCAGCGAAGGCCAGAAACUGGGAGGAAAGGUCCAGACAAAUGUUGACAACAACUGUAUCCUCAUGAUCCGGCUUCCCUCCGGAGAAUCCAUGCGUGAGCGUUUCUCUGCCGACGCGCCGCUGCGCAGCGUCGUGGAGCACAUCAGCGGCCGCCACCCCUCCCUGUCCCCCUUUUCUCUCCUCCAAGGUUUCCCCAGAAAACGCUUCGGCGAGGCCGAGCUGGCAUGUUCGCUGCGCUCUCUGGGCCUCACUCCGAAUGCCGCUCUCUGCAUUCAGACCACGCCGCCAGAAACGCCUCAGGACCCGCCGAGCCCGGCAGACCCGCUGCCAGCGCCUCCCAAUGAGCCGCUUCCGUGCAUUUUCCCCCCGCCGCCGCUGCAUGUUCCCUUUCCAGAGGAGGCAGAGAGGCUGGAUCCAGCGGCGGGUCACCGACUCCCGGACGGUUUGUGGGAGGAGGCUGUGAAUUAUGCAGGGAUACCGAGAGCCAGUCCUCCGGUCUCUGGCCCUUCACAUUUCUGGGGGCGAGGCCAGAGACUGGUUCCUGGUGACCCAGAAGUUCCUGGACUGGAAGCUGAUGAGGGACCGGAAGCAGAGGAAGAACCACCACAAAUUCCUAACGGAAUGCCGAGGCUGCCUUUCUUCCCGGACAACAGGGUGCGAGGAGGAUUUGAACCCCGACACUUCUGGCCGGACCAGGGCAAUCGCCUCAGAGACGCUCCAGAGGAGGAUCCAGCUGACCCCGAGGAGGCAGAGGGUCCAGUGGCACAUGUAGCUGCAGGUCAGGCUGCGGUGGAGCGCCUUCAGAGGGCUGCACUACAAGAGGACCACAGCGCCUCUCAGGGACAGCCAACUCCACCUAAAAGACCCUUCAGGACACCAAACGUGCCAUCCUUAUGUGCCUUGGCCAUCCGUGCAACUGUCCAUCUCAUGACAGCUCCCAGCAUGCAGUACAGCAGCAGCCUGGCAGGUCUGACCCCGGAGCUGGCGGAGCUGCUCCUCAGCCACAUGUCCAGAGAGAGGCUGCUCCGCCCUCGCACCCUGGAGCUUUUCUUCGGCUGCCAGUUGCAGAAAUUAGUCCUGAACUGCUACCCUUACUCCACCAACGAGCUCCUGCGGCAGCUGCGAGCCUUCACGACGCUGAAGCACCUCAGUCUGGUCAACUCGCCUCUCAUCACAGAUUCUGGUCUGUCGGUCCUUCCCAGUCUGGUCAAGCUCCAGUCACUCAACCUGGCGUCCUGCAGCAAACUGACCGACUCCUGUCUGCAGUAUAUUACAGGCUUGAAGAGCCUGUGUGUCCUGUCCCUGGAUCAGACGAAAGUGACAGAUGCUGGGAUGGUUCAGUACCUCCAGUCGGCUCCUUCCUGUCUCUCUCAGCUCAGCCUGAACCAGACAGAAGUGACCGAAGCCACCCUGGCUGCACUCCCCACCUGCGUACCACAGCUGCGACUCCUCAGCAUCAAGCAGACGAAGGUUAAAGAUAUUUCAGCUCUGGCAGGGAUGUCCAGUUUGCAGACUUUGAAUCUGAACGGGACGGGUGUGACGGAGGAAUCUCUGGAGAGCAUCUCCACCCACCCAACUCUGUCUUCUCUGAGUUUAGGAGGAAUCUCUGUGAAAGAUGGGAAUCAUGCCCUCAAGAUUAUCUCAGGUCUGAAGUUGACUCAUCUCACGCUUCCUGGACGCCACACUGUGACCGACGGGGGGCUGGGGUUCCUCUGCCGGCUGACUCUGCUGUCAGAGCUGGACCUGAAGGAUUACACACAGGUCACAGACCAAGGAGUCAGCCAGUUAGCCGCCAUGAGCAGGUUGAAGAAGUUGUCUCUGAGUAACACGCAGGUGACGGACACAGGGCUUCCCUCUCUGCGUGGCCUGCAGGAGCUGCAGGAACUUUGUUUGGACCGAACGGCGGUGACGAGUCGAGGAGUGGCCGAACUCAUCACCUGUCUGCCUCAGCUUCAGGUUUUGGGGUUAGCCAGCACCCAUGUGGGAGACUCGGUAGUGAGGAGGGGUUUGAUCCACUGUCAUCAGCUGGUUAAGAUCAACCUCAGCCACACACGGAUCACGGACCAAGGUCUGAAGCACCUGAAAGACAUGCGUCUGGCUCAGGUCAACCUGGACGGCACCGGGGUCAGUCUGAUGGGCAUCGCCAACCUCCUCUCGCUGACCAACAUCGGCAGCGUCCGGGCCACUAACACUCGCACUAUUCCGCUGGACGCCGUCUCAGACGAGGACUGAGGACGCCUCUGCUUGGACGAAACAAACACUGAGGAACCUGAGCAUGGCUGUCUCCUGCUGGCCUCCGCACCAUGCUGCUCCCGGGACCAACUGGAAACGGCAUUGAGUGAAAACACUCCUCCAAAUUGCACUGUCUCAACUCCAGCUAGUGCCGCUAAUCUGACAAUCGCUGAAACCUUAAAAGGACAUUUCAGGGUUUUGCAGAGAAGUUCUGGUUCUGAGCAGAGGAAUAAUGGUCCUGGUGUCUUUAUUUGGUCCAAAUCCAGACUAGUUGUUCCUGGAAGCUGAAGGUUUGAAACCCUAAUAACUUGAUCCUAAAGUUUUUUUUAAAUGUUUUUGGUUAUAAAGACAAGAUUAAAAGUUAGCUCUAGCAGUU